AUGACCCAUCGCAUCCCUCGAACUCUCCUCCUGACCCUCGACGCCUUCGGCACAGUCUUCCACCCCCGCCACCCAGUCCCAGAACAAUACGCCGCAGCCGCGCACGCCUUCGGCCUCCCCCGCGCAACCAUCACCCCCGACCGCCUCAAAGCAGCCUUCAAAUCAACCUUCAAGAAACAGUCGCAAGCCCACCCAAACUACGGCCGAGAUGAUGUCCUGCGCGGCCGCUAUGGCGGGCCACGGCAGUGGUGGGAGGAGGUCAUCCGGGGGAGUUUCGCGCAGGCUCUGACGUCAACGGGGCAGGGCAGCACCGUCGACGUCGCGGUGCCCGAUGCGCUGGUGUCGCAUCUUCUGGACCGCUUCGCGGGCCGCGAGGGGUACGUGCUUUUCGACGACGUGGCCCCGUUCCUUGCGGUGAUGCGGGCGGUUAAGAGCCGGCGGCGGGGGCUCGGUCCGUUUGAGCGUGUGCUUGUGGGUGUGAUUUCGAAUUCGGAUGAUCGGGUUCCUGCGGUGCUGAGGGCGUUGGGGUUGACGGUGGGUGAUGUGCGGGCUGACCAGGGGGUGGAGAGUAUGCGGUUGCCUGGGUUUGAGGAGAGGGAUGCGGCGGUUGGCUCUGGGGGCAGGGAUGCGUCUACGAUAGAUCAAGUGGAUGAUGUCGAUUUGGUGAUUACCAGCUACGAGGCGGGAGAGGAGAAGCCGAGUCGGGUCAUCUUUGAUGUGGCGAGGAGGCAGGCUGGACGCUUGCUUGGAGACGAGGGCGAGUCUGGCGACGACUGGCUUUGUGUCCAUGUUGGGGAUGACUUUGACAAGGACUAUCAGGCUGCCUUGAAUGCUGGGUGGGAUGGCUACUAUCUUCCUCGAGGGGAUGUCGCUCGGGACACGCAAGGUAACAAGAUUAUCCACUCGCUUAUGGAUUUGAUUCCAGAGCUCGAAGCAUACAGAUGA